UCGGCGGGAGUUGGAGGGGGAGGUGUCAGCAGAGCGCGGGUAAAUCCGGAGACUACUGCAGCAGCAUCGGCGGCGGGGAUAGCGGAGCUCCGGGGGAAUCUGAGGCCUCCUCCCCGCCACUGUGGAUAUAAGGACGGGACAAAAAUGGCUGCUGUUUUAGAUGAUUCACAAUUGGUGCCUUUACUAGAAACUUUGGAGGACUCCUCUACCUCACACACAGAGAAGACAGAUGCCUACCUCUCCAUCGCCAACCGUCUGAGUGGAGAGGAUGGGAAAGCGUUCUCGGCUCUUGUCGGAAAACAAUUCUCACGUCUUUACAAAGCUUUUAAGAUACACAUUGCUCACCAGCAUUCUGAUCUCAAUAAUGCAGCACUUCAGACACUGGGAUUUUGUGUUUUUAACAGUACGAUAGCAUCUGGCAUAUCAGCAUCUGAUGUGCAGGAAUUGCUAUCUACACUAAACAGUAUUGCCGUGAAAGCAGUCGAUAAAAACUCAUGCACUAGAGCACUUUGGGUGAUUUCGAAACAAAACUUCUCUCCAGAAGAAGUUGGGAAGGUGGUACCCUCUAUACUUUCUACAUUAGAAAAUGUACUUAAUAAAGAUGUGCAGUCAGUUGUCAUUGCAUAUGAAGCACUGAAUGUCAUCAUAAGGCUUCUGGAACAGACCCCAGCACAGAUGACUACAGAGGCUGCGAGAUGGGCCAAGUUGGUCAUUCCUCUAGUCGUUCACGCUGCACCGAAGGUUCGGAUAAGAGCAGCAACGGUCCUAGAAAUUGGGGUCCCGCUUUUGCUUCAGAAACAGCCAGAGGUCUCAGCUCUUACAGAACAGCUCAUGACCUCGAAAAUUAUUGGCGAGCUCCACAAACUCUUCACAUCUAAGAAUGAGACGUAUGUGCUGAAGCUGUGGCCCUUGUUUGUGAAGCUUUUGGGAAAGACGUUACAUCGUAGCGGCAGCUUUAUCAACUCUUUACUUCAGCUAGAAGAACUGGGUUUUCGAAGCGGAACCCCAGCAGUGAAGAAAAUAGCAUUUAUCGCUUGGAAAAGUCUUAUCGAUAACUUUGCCUUAAAUCCAGAUAUACUCUGCAGUUCCAAGCGACUAAAACUACUUAUGCAGCCGUUAAGUUCUAUCCAUGUUAGGACGGAGAUUUUGGCUCUCACCAAAGUUGAAGUGUGGUGGUAUCUGGUGAAGCGUUUGGGCUCUCAGCUGCCUGUACACUUUGAACAGGUCUGUCUACCGCUCAUUCAGAGCGCACUAAGUGUCGAAUCCUCUCAAACGCCUUUACGCACGCCCAACCAGAGUCUGAUGGCAUCAACGCCUCUUCAGAAAGGAAGCUUCCCUUUCAGUCCAGCAACCCCAAAAAUAAACCUAAAUUCCAGCCUUCUGGCGACUGUCGCGUUUCCGUCAGUUCACCUCUUGGGCAUUGAGAUGAUGCUGCAUUUCCUCCUGGGUCCGGACGUUGUUGAGUUUGCUGCUCGGCACAAGCUUGUGCUUAGUUUAGAGCCCCUCCAGCAUCGCUUGAUCAGCAGCUCGUCGUUCUUCUGUAAACAUGCAAGUACUCUGCUUGGUUCUGUACAGGAUGGAUUUAUCACCAUAGGAAAAGAUGCUUCAGGUGCUGUUCUACAUUCUGUGUGGAAGGACAUGAUAGAAUUUGUAAAGGCAGCAAUGGAAACAGGAAACAAGAAGGAGAGGCAAGGUUCCGAAGUCCUGACAUGUUUGCUGGAAGCUUUGAAGAACAUUAUAGUAUCUGAUGCUCUUCAAGUGGAGAAGUGUCUGAGUCUGCUUGAAUGCACAGUGAAGGGACUACCUCAAAAAGUGUUGGCAUCUGCAGCUUAUCAGGUGGCAAAUAUGGAUCUUCUUAAUGGAACUCCGGCUCUGUUUUUAAUUCAGCUCCAUUUCCACCCUGGACUUCUGGAGCAUGGUGUAACGGAAGAGAGAUUCUUUAUAAACUAUGAAACCCUGGUGGGCUACGUUUUCUCUGGUCCGACUUCUCCUUUGGCGUUUAGUGAGUCUGUACUCCAGGAGUUGAACAAAGGAGCCAAAUUACUGGAGAAUAAAGAGCUGCUUUGGCGCAUGUGGAGUAUUUUAAUAACCCCUUUGACAGAAAGGGUUAAUCAGACAAAUGAAGUGAACCAAGGAGACGCUCUAGAGCACAACUUCAGUGCAUUGCACAAUGCUUUGAUGCUGCCUAUAAAUCACAUCUUUCCAGUUGCAGAGAUCCCCCAGCCCACUAUGAAGACUUUGAUGCGUUCAUGGUCGGAUCUAUAUAAGACCUUCUCCCGCUGUGCUGCGCUAGUCACAACCACUGAUGAAAAUCUCUGCUGUGAAGAGCUCUGCUCCCGAAUUCUUGGUGGAAUCGGGGAUCAGACCUUGAGUCUGCCACUUUUGGAAAGACUUGUUCAAGCCGUCGCGGUAAUUGUGGAGUGUGUCAAUUUUUCUCCUUACAGUACAAAAUUCCAGCCCAAAACAAAAGCUCCUCAUACGCCAACUGAUUGGGCUAAGAAGAAGAAAGCGCCCCUGGGAAACCUGCAUUCUCUCCUGGUGCUUCUGGAGAAGUUAAUUGACGGUUUUCACACAUUGUGUUCUGAUCAGAGCCUUCUAGAAACCAGCGGCUCAACCCUGACCACCAUUGGCUCUUCAAUCAUCGGCUGCCUAUCCACCUGUAUCAGCCACAUAAGUUUACCGUCAGUCCUCAGAACAGUGUUUUCAUCGCUCACAAACUCAGCGUCUGUAUUCUAUGCUAAAACCAAGUCUGAAUCACCAAAAGUUUACAGCAGCUUAAGCAAUAAGCUGGAUAAACUCCUUGGUGAUAUCCUCUCAUGUCUUGGUUCCCGCUAUACUGGCUCCUAUGACAAUGAACUCCUUGAAGUUCUCUCACCUCUACUCUGUGCCAUAUUUCUUCACAAGAGUAAAUCCUUCAGGAACCAAGUGACACAGUUCUGGAAUGGGUCGUUUGCCAAGGCUGCUGUGCUGGUUUAUCCGGAGGAGAUGAAACCAGUUUUAAGCCAAGUUAAGAUGAAAACGCCGAUACUGUUGCCCGGCUUCACCUACUCAAAUUCAGUGGAAGAAUCCAAUGGGACUUAUUCUGAUAAUCAGGACAGCUCAGAGUUGGCAACAAAAUUCAGUGGAAUAGAAGUGAAGUCUGCAGGGAAGAGAGAUUCCCUUCUAGCCAAAGCUGAAGAGCUUAAAGGAACUCCCACUAAAUCAGCCCAAGCUAGGUUAAAGUUGGAUUUUAACUCUCCCAACACAAAGAAGAAACUUUUAGAAGAGGAACAAUCUGUUGACUUUGUAUUCAUUCCUCCCGAAACAACAAAAGAGCGGGUCCUCACAGAACACCAGAAGGAAGUUCUCCGCACAAAAAGGGUGGAUAUACCCACCAUGUACAACAACUUGGAUGCAUCUCAGGACACAAACAUGUUCACACAGUAUACACAGAGCCAGGAAAUCUCACUAGAGAAACCAAAAGUGUUAGAAAAUACAGACGAAGCUGCUGCUGAAGAAAAGGUAAAAACUGAAGAAACUAAAAGGUCUGAAGCUGCAACUAAGGAAGAGAAAACUGCAAGCAAGACCAUAGAUGUUGAAAUGUCGGAGGACAACGCUGAUGAUGCCAAAACCAUGAAUGAUUCGUCAGUGUUCAACACAUCAAAUCAGAAUACAGCGAACGAUGCUGAGAAUACAUCAAAUAUAAGCAAUGGUUCUGCCUCUUCGGACAUGGUUUUGGGAACUCCUCCCCCACCUGCGAGCAGGAGACAAUCCUUCAUUACUCUAGAAAAAUUUGACAGUCCAGAAAGUCGUUCUUUUAGCCCCUUGGCGGACAAAAAUUUUAAGUCAAAAGAAGUUAUUUUGGUUCCCGAUAGUCAAGAAGCAGUGAACGUGACAGAAAAUGACAGUGAAAAUCUAAAGAACAAAGAGAAACAGUCACAAACCCCAGCAACAAAACCGAACCAGAAUGACGUUUCAAAGUCUGCGUCUAAGAGGGAAACGAGAGCGUCACGUUCGGCUGAGCUCUCGGAAAGUAAGAUUUACGUAUCUGAAGAUAACCAGGAGUCUGUGAAUGUAAGUGACAAGAUGGAAGACAGUGACAUUGUGCCAGAUUCUCAACCUUCACAGGUGACUGAAAAGACUGAGGAGCUUGAUAAAGGAAAAACUGUAGCAGUGAGUAAAGUGGACACCAAGGAAAACACUCCGCCAGACACAGACGAUAGAGUCCAUAAUAAAGCCAAUCCUCAAAAAACUCUCACAAAUCAGAUUUCCUUGAGACGCUCGUCCAGAAGGCAGUCUGAAAUAUUAGACACUGUUAAAAAUGAGAAUGAAUCGGAAAAAAGAAGCCAAACGAAAGAGGAGCCAAAAUCAAAAAAGACUAUGCCUGCACGAGACACUGCCAAAAGGCAACAGAGUGAAACUCCGGUAAAAAGUGAAGGUGAAGAUGACCAGAAUGUUCCUAGGAAACCUGAAGAUGAGGCUGAAAGUAAGGAGGAACUUCCAGAUUCCAAUUCUAGCAAGGACAGUCAAGAGAAACCAUCCGUUCGUUCCCGUUAUAAAACAAGACGAUCCCUACAGGCUGUGGACAAUUCAGAGUCUGAUAAUUCAGAAGUUCUGGAAGGUUCUGUCCAGAAGAAGAGAAGGGGGCGACCAAAAAGCACUGACAAGCAUGAAAGCUCAAAGACCAAAGUUGAACUUUCUUCCAAACGCCCUGAAGAUUCCUUAAAUAGCAGAGAAGUGGAAAAAGCAAACGCAGAGAUAGAUAAGACGUAUACGAUAGUCUUGGAGAACUCUACACUGCAUUCAAAGGUGGAGCUCGAUGGACACACUCAACUAGACUCCAAAUUGGAUGCGACCAACAGAAACAAAACCUACGACCUUUCUAAAAACUCUACUGAGGUUAGUAGUGCUAUGGUAAGUCUUAUGACUGAACCCACCGCCGGAGACUUCUCCACCGCUGUCUCUGAUGUUUUUCAAAGCUCUCAAAGUGACAACACGUCACACGAUUGUCCUCAUAAAAGGAGUAAGAGGGUAAGAAGGUCCAGGAAUUGUGAUUGUUGCUGUGAGUCGACCACUAAAGGCUUGAAAUCUGAGGGUAAGAACCACAAGAUGCAAAUGUUGUCCACGAUACAGCUGAAUGACACCACGUUCUCUGGGCCGUGUGCUAUCAGCACUCCACUAACAAAUGAGCAAGUGUUCUUCAUGUCUGCUAGAGAGAUCAAAUCUGAUACAGAAUCGGAACAAGAGCAGACCAUUGCUCCUUUAAGUGACAGUAACAGUGAAACCUAUGAAAUAACACAAGUUUUUGCCCCAUCGGCAACACUUAAGGACUCUGAGACUUCAUCUGAAAUGCCUGCGGAUGAAACUGUGGUGGCGGGAAGUCCGAAGGAAGCAAAGUCCGAAUCUGUGGUCUUAGUAGAGGAGUCUGUGAAAAAAGAUGGUGAAAAUGGUGAAGAAAUUGAGGUUGGCGAAGUAAAUCAGGAGACAACCAGCUAUAAAACCUUUGAUCUAGAGGUAAAUGUUGAACCUGCGAGCAGCCUAGUGGAUGGGAAGCCUGAAGAGGACUUGGGAAAUGCCGAGAAUGUAAUAGAGGAGAUGGGCGGUAAAGAAGUAAAUAACACUGAAGCUGAAACAAUUGAGAAGGUCCAGGGUGCAAAAGUUGCAGAAGACCAUGCAGAGAUUGUUGAGAAGGUUGAAGACAAAACAAUAAUCCCAGCAGAUGAGACCAGUUCUGUUAACAUGGAGGAAGAUAUGGAUUUGCAGGACAUGAAUGCUCAAAAUGAGGAGCAUGCGCCGGUCGUCUCUGAGGAGCAUGCGCCAACAGUCUCUGAGGAGCAUGCGCCAACAGUCUCUGAGGAGCAUGCACAGGUCGUCUCUGAGGAGCAUGCACAAUCCAUCUCUGAGGAGCAUGCACAGGUCGUCUCUGAGGAGCAUGCACAAUCCAUCUCUGAGGAGCAUGCACAGGUCGUCUCUGAGGAGCAUGCACAAUCCAUCUCUGAGGAGCAUGCACAAUCCAUCUCUGAGGAGCAUGCACAAUCCGUAUCUGAGGAGCAUGCACAAUCCGUAUCUGAGGAGCAUAGACAGGCAGUCUCUGAAGAGCCAAACAAUGUUGAUGCUGUUCAGCCUGGUGCGGUCUCAGAUAUUCUACCUGGUGGAGAAAAGGGGGAAGAAAGUCUUUGCACUGCUACAGCACAAAGUGAAGCAUCAAAAAUUAAUGAGAACAUGGUAUUCGAGUAUCUUAGUGAUGGACGUGCCAUCAUAGAUUCUCCACCAAAAGUUAAAGGAUUGACUUCUAUGGCCAUAGCGAACGAUAGCCCAAGUGGGAGCUUCUGUUGGUCUCCAUCUGCGUCUCCCUCUACAAGUAUUCUAAAGAAAGGGCUGAAAAGGCAGCAGGAAAUAGAUUCUCCCUCUCCAGUCAAUAAGAUACGGAGAGUAUCAUUUGCUGAUCCGAUAUAUCAAGAAGGCCUGGCAGAUGAUAUUGAUCGCCGAAGCCCUGUUGUUAGAAAUAGUUCCUCCCCUUCUUCUAGAAGCCUAAAAAUGUUGACUAACAAUCAGCAAAAGAUUAUCACCACUCCAACCAAGGGAUUUGUGUCACCCGGAGCUCGUGCACUUGGAUUUAAAAGCUCAAAGAAAAGUUUGAUUUCAGAAAUGACAAAAGAAUCCAUGCCUUCUCCAAAAGAAAGCGUCUACCCGGCCCUGAUGAACUGCACCACUCCUAUAGACGUCAUAUUGCCCCAGAUUACCUCCAACAUGUGGGCAAGAGGUUUAGGACAACUGAUCCGUGCCAAAAACAUUAAAACCAUUGGUGAUCUUAGUACCAUGACCCCCUGUGAAAUUAAAACUCUGCCCAUCCGCUCUCCGAAGAUUUCUACAGUGAAGAAAGCCCUAAGGGUCUACCAUGAGCAGCAGACAAAGACUAAAGGUUACGACGAGUUCGCCGUUCUGGAUGAAGCAGAGAAACCACUAAAUGGUGUCGACGAGAAGCCGAUGUCGGCGGAUGAAGAGAAGAUCGAGACGGAUUUACCGGAGGCAUCGGCCACGGCGUCCUCUAUAGAAGCGUCGGCCCCUCCAGACUCUAUUUUGACCCAGGUCAAUGCUCUCUCCCUGCUGGUCACUCCGGAGGAGCUCGGGAAACAUUCGGGAAGCCAACUUUUCGAGAUACAGGAAAAACUUGGAAUGAUCUCAAACUGUGUCCUCCGACAUCUCCAGUCCCGGUGGAGGUCUCCCCCUCAUGAUGGUUCCGUUUAAGUCUCCGCUUCUUUUUGGCUUGGAAUCUUUUUUUUUUUUUUUUUUUUUUUUUCCCCGUCUUACGGGACAUUUUUAUUCCAAUGUUUUUUUUUUUUUUUCUAAAGACUUUUUGAGACUAACUAGAUCAUUCUUUUUAAGAACCCAUCAUGUGCAGUCCCUUCACCCUGUUUAGAUUUAUUGCUGCUAUAUACAUAGUGCAGUGGUCUUUAAACGGUGGACCUCCAGCUGUAGCAAAAAAAGAAGAGAAAAAAAAACUCCCUGCAUGUUGGGAGUUGUAAUUUUGCCGCAGCUGGAGGUCCCCAUUUGGAGACCACUGACAUAGUACUUUACCAGGUUUUUCUCUUUUUAACAAAGGGUCUGUCUAUAUUGCUUCGGCUUGAUAGUAUAUGCUUGGGCCCCAAAAAAAAACAAAAAAAUGGCUGCUUCCACAAUAGACGUGAGACGAAAUAUUUCAAUACUUGAACAGUGUUUUUUAAAGAAAUACCCGUAAAUCUUUUUGUACAAAACUUUAAUAUUUACAAUAUUUUUGCUGGGACUUUAUCAGUUUUGAUGAUAAAAAAAAAAAAAAAAUAUUUUAGGCCAUCUUGUCUUCAGGAUUAGAAAAUGAUGGCGGCUUUCUUCCAAAACCGGCGCCAUACCUGUCUAUGGGUAUAUAUGUGCAUUGUUGCAGCUCGGCCCCAUUUGCUGCAAUGCAACAUAUAAGGCAUGGUGCUGUUUUUUAUGAAAGCAGCCACGUUUCCUAAAAGUCUACUGCCCCUCCUCCCUAUGAUUUUGAUGUUGUGUUUUUCAUUUUUUUUUUUUUUU